AUGCAGCCCGCAAUGAUGAUGUUUUCCAGUAAAUACUGGGCCAGGAGAGGGUUGUCCCUGGAUUCAGCGGUGCCGGAAGAGCAUCAGCUAAUCGGCAGCUCAACAGUGAGUACUUUCUUGAAGCUAAGUAAAGCUCUGGCCAGCAGAAACGAGGACAGGAAAGGGAGCAAAGAGAACAGCAGGAGUGACGGUACAGAGAGCGGCAAGACAGCAGUGGUGUUCUCCUUGAAGAACGAGGUCGGUGGGCUGGUGAAGGCUCUGAGGCUCUUCCAGGAAAAACAUGUCAACAUGGUUCAUAUUGAAUCCAGGAAAUCCCGGCGAAGAAGUUCUGAAGUUGAAAUCUUCGUGGACUGCGAAUGUGGCAAAACCGAGUUCAAUGAGCUCAUUCAGUUGCUGAAAUUUCAGACCACCAUUGUGACAUUGAAUCCGCCUGAGAACAUUUGGACAGAGGAAGAAGAACUGGAAGAUGUGCUGUGGUUCCCUCGCAAGAUCUCCGAGUUAGACAGGUGCUCUCGCAGAGUUCUCAUGUAUGGGUCCGAGCUUGAUGCGGACCACCCAGGAUUUAAGGACAAUGUCUAUCGACAGAGGAGAAAGUAUUUUGUGGAUGUGGCCAUGGGUUAUAAAUACGGCCAGCCCAUUCCCAGGGUGGAGUACACAGAAGAAGAAACUAAAACUUGGGGCACUGUGUUCCGGGAGCUCUCCAAACUCUACCCCACCCACGCUUGCCGAGAGUACCUGAAGAACUUCCCCCUGCUGACCAAGUACUGCGGCUAUAGAGAAGACAACGUCCCUCAACUGGAAGAUGUCUCCAUGUUUCUGAAGGAGCGGUCUGGCUUCACAGUGAGACCAGUGGCUGGCUACCUGAGCCCAAGAGACUUCCUGGCUGGCCUGGCCUAUAGAGUAUUCCACUGUACUCAGUACGUGCGGCAUGGCUCUGACCCCCUCUACACUCCAGAACCAGACACAUGCCAUGAACUUUUGGGACACGUUCCACUGCUGGCAGAUCCUAAGUUUGCCCAAUUUUCACAAGAAAUAGGCUUAGCAUCUCUGGGAGCAUCAGAUGAAGAUGUUCAGAAACUAGCCACGUGUUAUUUCUUCACAAUCGAGUUUGGCCUUUGUAAGCAAGAAGGUCAUCUGCGAGCAUAUGGAGCAGGGCUACUUUCCUCCAUUGGAGAAUUGAAGCAUGCUCUUUCUGACAAGGCGUGCAUAAAAGCCUUUGACCCAAAGACAACCUGCUUGCAGGAAUGCCUAAUCACCACCUUCCAGGAUGUCUAUUUUGUUUCAGAAAGUUUUGAAGAAGCCAAAGAAAAGAUGAGGGACUUUGCAAAGUCAAUUACCCGUCCCUUCUCAGUAUACUUCAACCCCUACACACAGAGCAUUGAAAUCCUGAAAGACACCAGAAGUAUUGAGAAUGUGGUGCAGGACCUACGCAGUGAUUUGAACACAGUGUGCGAUGCCCUGAAUAAAAUGAACCAGUAUCUGGGGAUUUGAUGCCUAGAAACCAGUAUUGUUAUCAGCAUGAGCUCUUGGGGGGCUUAGCAACAAUUCAAUCAGUGUUUUCCAACAUCAAUAGCUUUCUGUGUCAUGGUUAGCUAGUAAGCAUGCAAUUCUGUAUGUCCUCCAUGUAACUUAUGGCAUUAAUAUACAAAAAUACUCUAAGCAACCCAUGCAGAUAACCAUUCAUCAUUUGGAGGAUGGUGAUAUACUUAAAUGUCUCAAAUAGAUUGGACAUCUCUGAUUUGUGGACAAACAACAACUUAAACUGUGUCUUUAAAAUUUGUAGCAGACAGGCCUCUCACAAUUCUAGUGGUUGACCUUUUCUUCCUUGGACCCGAGACUUUUCCUCUGUGUUCGUCAGAUAAAAUGAAAGUAGUUGGGACGUAGUUUCUGUUUUCAAUAGGAUCAGUGUUAUUUCAGACAAACUAUAGAGUCUCUCCAAGCUUCUCAUCACAGCAACAAAAGGUUUAGUUAUUCUACUUCAGAAAUUGUUCAGAAACACAGUGGUUGAAGUGAUUUUGGACUGAGUAUUCAUACCAUGCAAGAAAAGAAAACUUCUUAUGAACAGGAUGCAUAGGUUGCACUGACCUUGUUGAAACUGAUUUGUGGUAAGCUUCCUGAAGUGUUUUGGAAGGAAACACUUUGAGACUAUUUAGAAAGCUUAAACAAAAGGAA